AUGCCUCCUAAGAGCGCACUGAAGGCUAUUCGGGCAGAUCUGGAUGCUGGAGACUACUCCCAGGCAGCUCAAAAGGCAUCCGAUCUCUGCGCACAGGAGCCUCAAAACUAUCAUGCCCACAUAUUCCUGGGCCUGGCUAGAGAAAAGCUCAACGAGCACGAUGCGUCUGAAAAGGCAUAUGGAUCCGCUAUCAAGAUAAAAAAUAGUGACAAGACUGCCUGGCAAGGGCUGAUUGCCCUCUAUGAGUCCCAAGGCCCGAAAAGAAUAGAGAGCUAUGGAAAAGCCGUAGUGCGCCUCUGCAACAUAUUUGCAGAUACCGAUGAGUAUGCCCGAGCCCAUGGAGUAUUGGACAAGUAUAUCAAGUUUGUAAAAGACCAAGGGUCAAAGAUCCAAUAUAUCCAUGCCCUGCAGCUGCAGCUACCCACUAGCCCUAUCUACAAGUGCGUAGAGGGGCUAGUUCCCCGGCCUUCUGAAGCCUAUCUCCGUGUAGCUGAGCUCGCUGAGCAAGAGGAGAAGGAGUUUAUCAACCGUGAAAUAGGAGAACGACGGACCAGGCUAGGUGCGCGGCUUGAUCAGGUUACCACAGAGGUAAAACUUGAAGCCUUCAGCCGGAGUGUGCUCAACGAAUUAUACCAGGGAAUUAUCAAUUGGACAAAUGACGACGAAACACGCCGUUCUCACGAAGAAAAACUUCUUCAGAGGUAUUAUGACCAACUCCGUGUCCUCCCCACUAAAAAGAAGACGGCAAACAGGGAAUUGGUUCUGAAGGCGGCGCACGAUAUGGUAAUUAUCAAGCACCCGUUUGAAUUAGCAUGGAGAAUAGUUUUCGACUGGAACGAUAUUGAAAAUCUCUCAGACUUGGACGUUACUCUAUUAAGAGACUUCAUCCUCUUAUUCCCCGAUCAUGGCCUUAGUAAGGUACUCAACGGCUUUCUCAACACUAGCAUUUCCCCAUUUCCCCAAGAAAAUACAGGAGAGGGCGACGAGGCUGUCAGCACAGCACGAAAUCCUGAAACCGAGGCCCGCAAUAUGAUCGAAGACUAUCUGUUACUGAUGACAGAGGGCUUAGACCAGGCUCCCGAGUCAGUCUUGGCUCAUAGGAUCAUGGGAGAAGUGUAUUCUCACCUCGAGGAAUUUCAGACAGUUGUAAAGGUAUCCCGGAGUGGUUUGACGAUCAACUCCGAUAUACGACGUGAUACAGGGCUUAGGCUCCAGAAUACGGUGGAUUCGCUCAAUGUCAUGCUGGGCACUGCGCUCAUCUCAUACCAGUCACCCAGGCAUCAUCCGGAAGCAAAAGCCAUAUUUGAGGAUGUACUUUCACGAAAACCCCAGGAGGAUAGCUGUCUUCUCGGGUUAGGGCUCAUCUUGGAGGAGGCCCAUGACUAUACUGCAGCUAUGAAUUUACUAGCUCAAGCAUUGUUGAGGAAUGAAAAGAAUGCUAAGGUCCGCAGCGAGCUAUUUUGGUGUAAAAUCCAAAAUGGAGAGCUGGACGCUGCCUUGAAAGGGCUUGAAGAAACUUUACCCCUAGUCCAGGCCCAAGAUUCGCGCUGGCAUAGCCUUAGAGCUGAAAUUCUAUACCGCAUUGGAUUCUGCCAAUGGGAGCUAGACCCCUCCCCCUCUGCCAGAAAGGACCGCAGCGGCUCUUAUUCCAAAUUCCUGGCAUCCAUACAAGCGGAUAUGAACUAUGCACCGGCAUAUUCUAGCCUUGGCGUGUACUACGCUGAUUACAAGAAGGACAAAAAGAGAGCCCAGAGAUGUUUCCAUAAAGCUGUUGAGCUCUCAUCAUCCGAGAUUAUGGCAGCGGAGCGCUUGGCUCGAGAAUUCGCUGAUCAAGGUGACUGGGACCUGGUUGAGGCUAUUGCCCAAAGAGUAGUAGACUCAGGAAAGGCAAAGCCGUCCCCCGGAUCCAAGAGAGCUGGAUAUAGCUGGCCUUUUGCCGUCCUAGGUGUGGUUGAAAUAAACAGACAACUUUAUGCAAAGGGUAUCGUCCAUUUUCAAACUGCAUUACGAAUCUCUCCUAAUGACUACCAGUGCUGGGUCGGCUUGGGUGAAAGUUAUUAUAAUUCAGGACGAUACAUCGCUGCCACCAAGGCAUUCCAGAAUGCUCAGUUAUUAGAAUCCAAUUUGUCAGAGUCAGGACGUGCCCAGAUAUGGUACUCAAAAUAUAUGAUGGCAAAUUUAGAAAGAGAACUCGGAAAUUAUGAAAAGGCUAUCACAAUGUAUGAAGAGGUCAUGCAACUGAGAAACGAAGAAUUUGGCGUAUCUGUUGCAUUACUACAAGCCCUAACUGAGGACGCAUGGAAGGCGGCCGUGUCCGGAUUCUUUGGGGAAGCUGCCGAAAAAGCAAAACGAGCAAUAGAGACAGGCUUGUCCGUGACGCGUUAUCACCCCAGCGGCUUUAAUCUAUGGAAAUCAAUUGGCGACGCUUUUUCUAUUUUUUCUUGGGUACAUGACAAAUCAUCAUGCAUGCCUAUCGCAUCUUUUAUGGCGGUGCUCAAGAGAAGCUGUGACAGCGCCGCCUUCAAUAUUCUCUCCAACCUAGACGGAAUUGGGGAGGACAUUGACGCUUUAUUUGACAGUUUACAGAACAUCGGCAAGCCGGAUCCCUUAAUCCCGAUAUACGCAACCAUUUUAGCUUUCAAGUAUGCACUCUCUGCUUCCGCCAAAGACACCCACGCUCAGGCAUUGGCAUGGUAUAACUUAGGCUGGGCCGAAUAUAGAGCUCACACGCAACGAUCUUCGACUUCAAAGGGCUCAAAAAGCCGGAGGAAGAGCGGAUUUAUCAAAGCUGCAAUCCAAUGUUUUAAAAAGGCAAUAGAGCUUGAAGCUGGGAAUGCUGACUUUUGGAAUGCACUGGGCGUUACUACGUCUUCGCAAAGCCCAAAGGUAGCACAGCAUGCGUUUAUUCGUAGCCUUCACCUUAAUGAACGGAAUGCAUUCGUGUGGGCCAACCUAGGGGCUCUAUAUCUCUUGAAUGACGAUUACCAAUUAGCGAAUGAAGCCUUUACACGAUCGCAAUCCGCAGACCCAGAUUAUUGCAACGCGUGGCUAGGCCAAGGUUUUUUGGCUAUGCUUAUAGGGGAUGCUGUCGAGGCACGGGAACUGUUUACGCAUGCGUUUGGACUCGGGAACGCGAAUGGUGUUUUCCCAAAGCAGCAAUAUGCCAUAUCAAUGUUCGAUGAUAUUAGUGUUAGCCCGGAAACUUCACCAACCCAAUUGCUCCAGCCUCUAUUUGGCCUCCAUCAGCUUCGUUCAGUGGACCCUUCUGAGUUAUUUUAUUGCCAUCUCUCUUCACUUUUUGCAGAACGUAUUGGUGAUCUUGAGGAUGCAAUAUCAGACCUAGAGAUCGUGUGUUCAGGGGCCGAGGCAGAAUAUGAGUCAACUGAGUCUAUAAACGCAUUGCUAAAGUAUGCCCAGGCAUCGGCAGACUUGGCUCGAAUACAGCUGAGGCAACUUGAAUAUGAAAGCGCUGCCGACAGCGCAGAAACAGCGAUAAGCCUAUCGUCCGAAGAAGGCGUGCGUGAUCAUAAUGAGGGGCUUUAUCAAGCAAUUAGAUUGUCAGCUCAUCUGACCGCUGGCUUGGCGUUUUACUACCUUGGUCGAAUGGACGAAUCUAUCGAGAUGUUCCGUGAUGCAAUUCAAGAGGCUGAUAAUUCUCCAGACGUCACAUGUCUGCUUGCACAGGUACUUUGGGCCAAAGGUGGUGAUGAGGAGAGGCUGGUUGCUCGAGAACAGCUUUUUGAGUGUGUAGAAAAACAUCCCGAACAUGUGGGAUCUAUCACUCUACUUGGAGUCGUUGCCUUGUUAGAUAUGGACGAGGAUGCUGUUGAAGCCGUUGAAUCGAACCUUCAAGCAAUGAGAGCAAGAAGCGAUUUGGACACCCAUAAUGCUGGGAAAAUUGUGAAGCUACUUGCAAGUAUUCCAGCCCUGAGAUAUGAGGCUCAAUCAGAUAUGAUGCGUGCCUCGAAGAUGUUGAAUCAAGCAACAACAUCUAUAAUGAUAUCACCAAGUCAAGCGCAAGGUUGGAUAGCCCUCUCUUCGAUGUCAACUGAAAAUUACCCCGCCGAAAUGGCUGUCCGAACAGCAUCAGUAAACAUACCACCUCGUGGAACACUCAAGGCCGAAGACCUUUGCGAAGCAUAUUCUCUAGUUGGUACGAGGAAAAGUGCAUUAUGUGCGGUCAUGGUAGCACCUUGGUCCAAAAAUGGUUGGAAUGGUUUGAGCCAGUGUUGCUCCUAA